CUCGCACAGGCCAGGGAGUGGGGAGGAUAAGGCGCUGUCAUGGAGGAUGCCGCCGCGCCGGGGCGGACCGAGGGGGUCCUUGAAAGGCAAGGAGCGCCGCCAGCUGCAGGCCAGGGAGGAGCCCUGGUGGAGCUCACCCCGACCCCCGGCGGCCUGGCCCUGGUGAGCCCCUACCACACCCACCGGGCCGGGGACCCCUUAGACCUCGUGGCGCUCGCAGAGCAGGUGCAGAAGGCUGAUGAAUUCAUCCGAGCAAAUGCCACCAACAAGCUGACAGUCAUAGCUGAGCAAAUCCAGCAUUUGCAAGAACAAGCCAGGAAGGUACUGGAAGAUGCUCACAGAGAUGCCAGCCUGCACCAUGUAGCUUGUAAUAUAGUGAAAAAACCUGGCAACAUUUACUACCUCUAUAAACGGGAGAGUGGUCAGCAGUAUUUUUCCAUCAUUUCUCCAAAGGAAUGGGGGACAAGUUGUCCACAUGACUUCCUUGGUGCCUACAAACUACAGCAUGACUUGUCCUGGACUCCGUAUGAGGACAUUGAGAAGCAAGAUGCUAAAAUCGGCAUGAUGGACAAGUUGCUAAGCCAGUCAGUGGCCCUGCCUCCAUGCACUGAACCCAACUUCCAGGGACUGACUCAUUGAGAGUGGGCUCUGACAAACAGCUCUCACAGGACCUGGCUGUCAACUUCCUUGUUGCCCCCAUUGUUGCCUUAAGAAUUGAGGACAUGUAGGUGAAUCACAAACUUCUUGAAAAGAGACCCUGUGUGAAUGUAAAUGCUGUCAUUAUGACUUUUAAUUGGGAUGGUAAUAAUCAUUGAGACAGAGUCACUGUCUUUCGGGAUCCUCUUUGGACCACAGAUACCCAAGUCAGUCAGUUUCAGAGUAUUGGCCAAUGUACUUUCCUUCUUCCUCUCCAUCACUUCUUCCCUUAAGUUAAAGUGUUAGAGAAGACCUUCUUCCCAUAAAAAGGUUGGUGGAUCGUUUUCCA